GACACUGGUAUCUGGCGAAAAACGUAGGAACAAGUCCGCAACACAACAAAGCGCCCCAAAGUUCGAUAUCGCUAAGCUACUUCAAUCUAAAAAUGGCGCGAAAAACCCGGAAGUCCGUCAGCCGGAAGUCGCGGCUGCUACAGUCACCAACGGAAUUAAAAUCAAGUAAACGCUAAGUCGAUUUCAAUUUCUGAACCUUGAAGCUUGAACAGCACAACGCUAUAUAUUUAUUAAUUUUAGGUACAAAGUGUUCACGGUCUAAUAGAAGAUUGCAAGAAAGGCAUUAACAGAUACGAAUAUACGAAAGCUAUACGCCUAUCGCCGAUAGAUCUCAUCAGCUUGUGAUCUUAAAUUCAGCCAUGCCAUGGCCAAUGGCCAUGCAAUGGACCUUUCCCCUUAUAACUAAAAUUUUGAUCUAGACAAGUCAAGACAAAAAUUCCAUUACAGCUUGAAAGAGGAUUACAAAAUUAGUAAUAUUCCGAAGUUUCGUUGCGAAAUGUUGUAAAAUGCGGAUAAUAUAGCCCUGCGAAAUUUGCAAUUUUCAGUCAUUUUGUAUUACAACCGAGAAAUUGAUGCCCCAACACCCGAUUGGGCUGUCAAUUUCCCAUGCGUAAUAGAAAAUGACUGAAAAACGGCAAAUUUCGCAAGGCUAUAUUAUCCGCAUUUUACAACAUUUCGCAAAGAAACUUUGGAAUAUUAGUAAUUUUGUGAUGCUCUUUCAAGCUGUUCAAGUUCUCUAGAUCAAAAUUUUAGUAAUAAGGAGAAAGGUCCAUUGCAAUCUUAAAUUUGGCCGAGAUUGAUCGAAAUGUAUGGUAACCGAGCUUGGACGCAGGCCGGCCGCACUGGCUAAAUUACGUUUAAAAAGAACCACCUGCAUGAUCUGGGAUAUUCCUUGGAAAUGGGAUUUAGUAUUUAAUAGUCGUUUGGUGAAAUAUUCCGAAAUGUUCUUGAAACUUAAAUUGUUUUUUGGCGAUAAACUUAACUUUCAAGUAAUGUCUUUGAAAUUAUCUUGUUCCCCAUUCAUUACCGAUACUACAAAUUUUGCUCCUAAGUAAAAAAAUUAUUUACCAUACACUAUACUCAUUUUUACGGCGGCAAGCGUGCUUUUACUGACUUUGUUUUGCGUAACAAGUUGGAAAUGCUACUAACUUCGAAUUUUCAUGAUAACAAGAGAGGCAGGGUAGAGUAGGUGAAAUUUUACCUCUUUGCAUUUCGACAUUCUUACACUGUAAAACUAUCAUUAUAAAUAUAGUCAUUCACCAUAUAUGAGCUGUUCUGCAAUCUUAUUGGUUGAAAUACUCGCCAUAUAUCAGCUCAUAAUAGGGACCUUACGAUUACAUGACGAGAACGAGAACGCCAACGCCAAACAGUGAAACGUUGUAACUGCGCAUGGCGGGAAACUCGAGUUGUCAGAAGCUGGAACGACGGCGCCUGGCUUGUUUUGGCGUUGCGUUGAAACGUGAGCUCGAACGUGAGAAGAAUGUCAAAGGAAAACAGGUGAAUAUAGUCUACAAUUAUAUGUAUUUUGUUCAAUGGUUUUAGAACAUUACGUAGAAUCAAAAACAGAUUAGUAAAAUGUGAAUUUAGCGCCGAAACAUUUGUCAAAAUGGGACGAAUUCGUGAAUGUUUGGUACUAUUGCCAGCAUAGUAUAUAAACCAAUCUCUUUUCCCAACGUGGCCAGGCAUAUUUUUUAAGCUUGCCCAGUGUGGAUACACACUCCGAGCUAUAUAUCGAGUAACAUCACAAACAUCAUCAUUCAUAUGAGUACAUUGCACAAACACACACAAUAUAUAACAUUUUACAUAGACACUAUAUUUAAUAUAGAUUUUUAACGAAAUCGUGCAGUUAUAUUAGGUAUUUUUUGUUCAUGCACUAGGAAGCAGCUAUGGAUUUUCUGGACAAUGUGCUUUGUUAUUGAAAGCUAUAAAUCGUGGCUUUCACUUUAACAAAACAAUACAUACAAUAUUUUAUUGAUGGAACUAUUGAGAUUGUGUUGAAUUUUAAAAUAUCUGGCUUGUAUUUUGAUAAGUCGUGUUUACAAUGCCAGCUCUGACCUGGCUUGAGCCAAGAUACAGUAAUUGUGGUACUUUACACUGUUUACAUUGCCACAAGGUUACCCCAUAAUUGUAGGGGCCAAACCAAGACUCGAGCCUGGCAAAAACUGUCAGAAAUGGCAGGCAGAUACUGAUUUCACAAUUUAAAAAAAAAAAACGAGCCCCAAGUUCUGCGAGGGCUUUAAAUUCUUAAUCUAAAAUAUUUCAUUGAUUAAUCUAUUUAACUCUCUUGUUAGCUCUCCACCUAUGAAGUGGUCAGAAGCACAUGAUGUACAUUUCUUGAAAGAAAUGAUGUAUUUUGAGCCAUGGCUGCAUAAAAAGGGGAGCAGUGAAAGAGGCGAAGCUUGGGCUAACUUGGCUACACGUUUAGGAAAGUGCGAUGAAUUGAAAUUUCGGGUUACACAGAGGUCACUCAGAGACCGAUAUCUGCCGCUGGAGAGAAGGUACAAAAAGAACGUUGUUGAAGAAGAAAAGAGCUCUGGGAUAUCCCCUGAAUUUACAGAAUUGGAUCAGUUAAUGGAGGAUAUU